AUGUUGUCUCUUAUCCUGACCGUUUUUUUCGUCCAUGUUGCGAUCUACCUGGUCAACACCAUCGGCGCAACUACGAUUGACAGUUUGCUAUGGAUCCUCUACCUGAAACUCCCUACGUCGAUGUCGAAAAAUGCCCGUGAGCAAACCCGACUGAAGCGCGAGGCUCUCGAGUUGAAGCGGGACAUGAACAACACGAGCUCUCAAGAUGAGUUUGCGAAAUGGGCCAAGUUGAGGAGACGACACGAUAAAGCUAUGGAGCAAUAUGAGGCCAUGAAUAAGACCAUCAGUGCACAGAAGACCACCUUCGAAUACAGCGUCAAAACCGCCCGAUGGCUCAGCACGAACGGCCUCAAGAUUUUCCUUCAAUUCUACUACUCGAAAACCCCCGUCUUUGCCCUACCAGAAGGCUGGCUCCCAUACUACGUGUUGUGGAUUUUGUCCUUCCCUCGGGCACCUCUGGGAAGUGUGAGCAUUCAGGUCUGGAGCAGCGUGUGUGCGACUGCCAUUGCGGUCCUGGCUGAGAUUCUUACAUCGAUUGUGGUCCAGCUUGCAGGUCGGAUAGCACGCCCUGCCCCGGCUGCCAAAAAGACUCAAUGA